GCAAGCAAAUAUACCCACUGAAGCUUCUCCUCUCCCAUAUCCUCUGGGACAGCCUUCCAUCUACAAAUUAAUGAGACAAUUAAGAGGGAAAACAUUGCUGAAUAACUAGAACAUCUGAUCAUCAAAGCCAUGGAUGGUGGCGCGUGGAAGCUGUGCACGUCCUUGAUCCUUUUCGGAAUACUUAUUUUCGGAGAAGGUAAAAAGACAGUCUUGAAAUUCGGAUCAGAGGAUGACGUGGCAGUGGCUCUUGCAAGCUACACUGCCAAUUUAUCGGGGAAGUUCAUCGGACAGAAAGAUUCUUUCACUGUUGUCCUCUCUGGUGGCAGCCUCAUCCACACCAUGAGGAAACUAGUGGAGGAUCCAUACAAGGAUUCAGUGGAUUGGUCAAAGUGGUGGAUCUUUUGGGUUGAUGAGAGGGUGGUACCACUGAAUAACCCUGACAGCAACUAUCUUCUUGCCUCAAAUGGUUUUCUUUCCAAGGUCCCAAUUCCUUCAAAAAACAUAUACGCAAUAAAUGACACAAAAUCUCCACAAGGUGCUGCUGAAGAUUAUGAAGCUCGCCUAAGACAGCUUGUCAAGUCCGGAGUUCUACAUCUCUCUCCCACAGGAUUCCCCAAAUUUGAUCUAAUGCUGCUAGGGAUGGGACCGGACGGGCACGUCGCGUCCCUAUUCCCGAACCGCACCCAGCGUCACGAGAAAAAACGCUGGGUAACUUUCAUCACAGACUCGCCGAAACCGCCACCGCAGAGGAUCACUUUCACAUUCCGAGUGAUCAACUCUGCUUCUGAGAAUGCGAUGGUAAUCACUGAUGGUGAGUUGGCCAACAUGGUGAAUGUUGCUUUGGGUGAUGGGGUGGCCCCUAAUGGGAUACCCCCACCUUGUACUGAGGUUUCUGCUGAGGAUGAGCUGACUUGGUUUUUGGACAAGGAUGCCGCUUCUAAAGUACGAUGAAAUCUAAGAGCUUGUGUAAUCAAAACCAACAAUAAUAAAAUUUUCAUUACAUGUCUUUUCUCUCCAUUCCUUGUCACCUUGUUGGUAAUGUAGGUUUGUUAGUGAUUACCUUCUGAGCGAUUACCUUCUCUCCUUUGAAAAAUGCAUCAUGCCUUCAUGUUUUAUAAUUUAUCGUAAACUAACUAAUUUGUGGUUUUGACUAUUCCUUUCUUCUCUACACAAAAUUCAAUUCACAAUGUUUACUUUUUAUUUCAUUUACAA